AUGGAAUUUUCAGCUGCCAUGGCGAGAAAGCGGAACCUCCAAGCAAUUUCUGCCUCAUCGAUGAAAGUUUGCAAAACAAGGAAGCUAACUUCGAAGAUCCUUAAGGAAGCUUAUGCGCAGCAAAGAGAGAUCGAGAAUGAAGAAAAGAGCAACUUUUUCGAGAAGGCAGUGUAUCGAUUUGACGAGGUUAUUGAUGAUGUUGAUGAAACUCAGACCCAAUUUGAUUACCAAGAUGGUCAUUCAAUAUCCAAACGUAUCUCUGAUGCUCUUACUUCUAUCAAAGAUGAUGCUACUACAGGUUCAGCUUCUCUUGCACAAACUACUUCCAUGUCUGAUGAUGAGUCCGAAGACAUUGACCACCUUCCUCGAAGUCUAGGAAAGUUAGUAAAGUUUUUGAGUGUAUACUCACGUGGGAAAAUGCCGAAAGCAUUUUACAAGAUUGCUAGACUGAAAAACUGGGAUAGUUUAUUUUUGAACAAGACUCAGCCAGAGAAUUGGUCCCCUAGUACCAUGUACAAGGCUACAAGCCUGUUUGGUUCUUCCUCCAGCAUCAAAGCUAGACGCUUCUACGAGUUUUUUCUUCUUCCUCGGUCUGGAACAUGCACCGUCCCUGAAGCUAUCAUUAUAGGAAGUGUAAUGCAAAAGGUUUCUAUUCCUGAAAAACUCUCAAGUGUUGCCUUGGUCUGUUUGGCGGAGAUGACUUUCUCUAAGUUCGAUGGCACAAGAAGUUAUUUCAUUAAAGUUAUAUUGGAGAAGAAAUACGCCUUGUCGUAUCUCGUUAUUGAUGCAGUCACUUGUCACUUCUUGAGAUUUCAUAAGGAGACAAGACUUAUGCUCGUUAUUUGGCAUCAAACUCUUCUUGCCUUUGUGCAACUAUACAAGCACAAAAUAAGAAAGGAAGAUAAAAAGUGUCUCAUAAGUUUACUUGAGAAACAAUAUCACAAUCUUAUUACUCCAGAAAUACUGAGAGAGCUUGAUAAUAGCAGAAACCGUGGAGAGAAGCCGAGUGAUUCUCCUUCAUCUUCUACAUUGAUCAACCAGCCGAUCAAAGAAGACGUAAAUGACAUGCCACAAGUUCCAAUGGAAGAAGACUAG